GGUGCGCAGACUGCUGGUGACUGCGGGGCGGACGGAGAAAGACUGCAGGAGUUUAUCUUGGUUCCGCUGGUGUUGUGUUGGUGGUUUGACUGCAAAGAUGUUCCCUGCAGUGCUCACAGUGUUACUGACUUUCUUCAGCCUCGCUGAAAGCAAACAGAAAGACGUUUAUACUUUUAAAGUUGUGAAUAGCAGGGGUAAGCUGGUAUCUCUGGAGAAAUAUCGGGGUUCGGUUUCCCUGGUGGUAAACGUAGCUAGUGAAUGUGGCUUCACUGAGGAACACUACAAUCAACUGCAGCAGCUCCAGCGGGACUUUGGUCCAUAUCACUUCAAUGUGCUAGCCUUCCCCUGUAACCAAUUUGGACAGCAGGAACCUGGCAGUGACAAGGAGAUUGACAGCUUUGUGCGCAGAGUCUACGGAGUCUCCUUUCCUCUGUUCAGCAAAAUUGCUGUUGUUGGCACUGGAGCCAACAAUGUCUACAAGUACCUUCUUGAGGCAUCUGGAAAGGAGCCUGACUGGAAUUUCUGGAAGUAUCUGAUUGACGUUAACGGCAAAGUGGUGGAUGCAUGGGGACCAAAAGUCUCUGUCAAAGAAAUUCGCCCUAAAAUUGCUGAAAUGGUGCGGCAAAUAAUCUUGAAGAAGAAAGAAGAGCUUUAACACAUUUCGCUUCGCUUCAAGACUCUACUUAAUGUUAAUACCACAGGGAAACUGUGGCAGGUUUGAGCAGAAAAUGAGUCACUGCUUUGGUAACAUUACACUAAAGCCAUGGCUUAUUCAUUUGUGUUAAGGAAGUAAAACGAUUUGUGGUAGGUCUUGUUUGUAGCUAUGAAUAAUUUUUUAAAAAGGUGGCGCUACAGGAAAUAGAAGAUCAAAUACACUGGGGAUUGAGGCAAUAUAAGGUGUGAUCAAGCAGCAACCCUCAGGCCAAAGAAAGGUUCCAAACAUUCCUUAAAUAGCUACACGAAGCUGGCUCCAAAAUGCGUCAGUACUUUUGGCUCGCAUGUCUAAAAAUCCUUGCAGGAUUAAAAAGCACACACUGGAACAAAAAUUGUAUUUGGCCUCUAAUGAUAUCUAGGGGUGUGGCUGCUUUAAUCGACAGGUAUGCUAAUUUAAGUCUCACAACCUUCUCUCAGUGUUUGUGGUGUUGGAGUUUAUCCAAAUUGAUCAGCUACAACUGUACUUCUUUACUUGAUCGUCUUAGUAAGAUUCAAAGCUCCUAAAUGUGUUAUGGAAAUUUUCAUCUUUCUGACACCUAAGUUAAAGUGUACUGUAACAGAAAACUUAAUUUGUCUUGAAUCUGUACUAAAUUUUCCACAAUUUCAUUGUAAUUUCUUUCCUCUACUUACAUUUUAUUGUUCUUAUUGUCAUUCUUCCCAUGCUUUGCUCUGGUUAUAUUUAGAGUUCCUUCAGUUGUCCAAGCCAGUAGUAUUAAAUAGUACAUGGUCUCUUCUUUUCUGUUCAGCAACUGAUUUAAUUGGCAUAUGAAUAAUUGAUCAGUAGUUACAAGACAAAUGUCUAUAUUAUUAAUUAAAUGUUAAGCAAAAAUGAACAAAAAUAUUUUUGUCGGUUCAUUUAAAAUGUUUGGACCCCAGAUUGAUUGGAUGGCGGAAGUAGUGGACCUCCAGCUAUUUUAAUAGGGGACCCCUGAGAUAGUCUAUAUAAUUAUUAAAUUGAAACAAUUAUUUGAGUUUAACAUAAGGAAAUGUUAGUUAGUGACCGAUUAGCCUAGUGACCUUUCCGUGUUUCUCAUAAUAAACCAUUUCAGUGCCUCAUCUUCAGCUGCAGGUCUAAACAUCCUUCAGUUCAGUUCAAUGCAGUUAGAGCAGUAAGGCAAGGCAAGGCAAGUUUAUUUGUAUAGCACAAUUCAACAACAAGGUGAUUCAAAGUGUUUUACAGAGACAUUAGAAACAAGAACAAAUAA